CUUCCAGCCUACAGUAGUAUCCAUUAUCCAACACGAACAUGGCAGAACUUCGUUACAAUAUUUCUGCGGCCGUUGUGGCCGAAACUGAGGGGAGUUCAUACGUGUUUAAGGUAGAUGGGUACUCAAGCGCCAAGUGGAAACUGAGGAAUGGCGAGCCCUUGGUCUCUAAGCUCUUCAGCGUUGGAGGCUACGAUUGGGCUGUGGAGUACUACCCAAACGGUGGCCGCUAUGAUGUUCUUGACAGGAAUGGGCAUCCGGUGAGUAAGUACAGCCGUACCAUCAUCGGACAUACCUUCUCAAAGAAAGGGUCAUCUGGGGGGUACCAUGAUUUUAUCGAUAGGGGCGAUUUAGAGAGAGCGCUUUAUGUAAGGGAUGAUAAUUUCAGCAUCAGGUGUGAUGUUAGUGUAGUGGUGAAGGAUAAUGAUCAGCAGAAGUGUAAUCAGUCUGUGGUGGUGGUGGUGCCUCCAAGUGACCUGCUUCGGCAUCUAGAAGGCCUCCUGAAGAACAUGGAUGGAGCAGACGUGAUCUUUCGUGUCAGCGGGGAGGAAUUCUCGGCUCAUAGGGCCGUGCUCGCUGCUCGGUCGACGGUCUUCAAGGCGGAGCUAUUCGGCGCCAUGAAGGAGAAAGAAUGUGGUCUGGUUGAAGUUUGUGAUAUGGAAGCUGAUAUUUUUAAGUCCUUGCUCCAUUACUUAUACACCGACUCGCUGCCUGAUGAUAGGACAUGUGGAGAUGGUACCAUCGGAGAUGUGGUGAUGGCUGGCCAUCUACUUGUUGCUGCUGAUAGGUACAAUAUCGAGAGGCUGAAGCUGAUCUGCGAGGAUAUAUUGUGCAGACAUGUUGACUCCAAGAUGGUGGCCACCAGUUUGGCUCUAGCAGAGCAGCAUAGCUGCUAUGGUCUCAAAGAAGCUUGUUUACAGUUUCUUGCUUCUCCUUCCAAUGUGGAGGCGAUGAUGGCAAGUGAUGGUUACGAGCAUCUGAAAAGCAGUUGCCCAUCUGUCCUCAAGGAGCUGGUUGCUAGAUUUCUGCCAGCUCAACUGAAAGCGGUUCUUAUGUCAAUUUAGUCGCGUGUCUGUAUCCAUAUAGCGAGUAGAAUGUGGAUUGAUUGGGUGCCUCCAAUGAAUUCCCUGGGAUGAAUACAUGGAUGUCUGUAUUUAGUUUCUGCUUGGUGCAGUUUCUGUUAUGUUUUGUGAGGUCUUCAAUUGA